AUGCUGGCUGCCCUGAGCCACAAGCUCGACUGGAAUCCGUGCAUGCUCCUCCGCGAGAUGGUCGCUUUCCUCCAAAAAGAGUUCGAUGAUGUGGAGGUGACACGGUUUAUCAACGGAAUUAAGAUCUGUGAGAUGAAUAUAUGCACGAAAUAUGUCACCUGCGGUCACAUCGGGGCUGGGCUCGUCGCGGCCGUAGACCUCGACAAGUCAGAUGGUUCCGUCGCGGCCGGCGGACCCAUAUCCUCCCUGCCUGAAAAGAGCCCCACCAUCACCAGUGGCUGCAAGCCCAAACAUCUUGAUCGUUGA